GAGAAAGCAGAGGAGGAGGAGGAGCCCAUGAUCUAUUGUCGUAGUUGGUAUCUGAUAUUGCUUCAACGGAAUCUCUCCGAGUGUCUGUGCUGAAUUGAACAAGCACCAAACAAAAAAAUACCCAUCUGGAUUGCGUGCUUUAUCAUCAUCACUUUCUGAGUCAUUGAAGCCAACAAGAACAGAGCAAAAACAAGAGUGGGCGGAGAGUGACGGAGGGAGUGAGAUCAAAUGGGCAUUCUAUAUGACUAUGAGGAUGUGGUGCUCAUCCGGCAAGCUGAGAAGCCAGGUGACCCCGCCGAGAUUACUGUCAAUUGCCCGGACAAGACUGGGCUGGGGUGCGAUUUGUGCAGGAUUAUAUUGCAGUUUGGGUUAAGCAUUACCAGAGGAGAUGUUUCAACUGAUGGAAAAUGGUGCUACAUAUUAUUCUGGGUGGUUGGAAAACCAAACACAAGGUGGAAUUUGUUGCACAAGAGACUGAUGGAGGUCUGUCCUUCGUGUUCCUCUGCCUCAGGGAUUAGCUAUUACAAACCAGAAUUUCAGCAGCAACCAAAGCCACCGGAUGUGUUCCUCUUGAAGUUCUGGUGUUUUUAUGACCGGAAAGGUCUAUUACAUGAUGUAACCGAGGUUCUUUGUGAGCUGGAGCUUACAAUAAAGAGAGUGAAGGUAUCAACUGCCCCAGAUGGGAGAGUGAUGGACCUCUUUUUCGUCACAGACACCAGAAAUGAACUUCAUACUAAGAAGAGACAGGAAGAUACAAUCCAUCGUCUGAAAGCUGUGUUAGGGGAUGCCAUGAUGAGUGUUGAGAUUGAAUUGUCUGGCCCAGAGGUUACUGCAUGUUCACAGGGCUCUUCAUUUCUUCCUCCUGCGAUCACUGAAGAAAUCUUCAGUUUAGAGUUGCCUAAUGAACGCUCGAAUGGAUCUGCUGCCUCCAACAGUUUAUCUGUUACAAUGGACAAUUCCCUCAGUCCCUCUCACACACUCAUUCAAAUCAUCUGUCAGGAUCACAAAGGUCUCAUUUAUGAUAUCAUGAGAACCCUGAAGGAUUAUAACAUCCAGACUUCUUAUGGGCGAUUCUCUGCAAAUGCAAAGGGUAUGUGUGAAGCAGACUUGCUUGUGAUGCAAGUGGAUGGGAAGAAGAUAGUCGAUCCAAAUAAGCGAAAUGCUCUAUCCUCUCGGUUGAGAAUGGAGCUCUUCCGUCCUCUUAGAGUGGCUGUGCGGAGCAGGGGGCCUGAUACUGAGCUGCUGGUAGCAAACCCUGUUGAACUGUCUGGCAGGGGCAGGCCGCUUGUUUUUUACGACAUCACUCUUGCUCUAAAGCUUCUCAACAUCCAAAUAUUUUCGGUGGAGAUAGCGAGACACAUGAUCCAGGAUCGGGAGUGGGAAGUAUACAGAAUCCUACUGGAUGAAGGGGAUGGUUUUUGUGUGUCAAGAAACAAGAUUGAGGAGGGUGUGAGAAAGAAGUUGAUGGGUUGGGAGUAGAAUCCAAUACUAGAUUAUCAUGUUAGUGCUCGCUUCCUUCUAUCACUGUACAGCUUACUGUGGUUAGCGGGUUUAGUGUAGCUCUCAGCUAAUGUGUAGAUAUCAUAUCACAUGUAAAUCAUGAGUUGCGUCUGUGAAAUAGUGGGCUGUUUAAUCCCCUUCCCCCCCACCCCAUCCAUUUCAUGUUGUAUUUAGUAUUUACUGUCAUCAUCUCCAAUGGUUCUUGCUUUCUUCUUUCCACAAA